AUGAAGCAAGGCUAUGUCCGGGAGAGUCUCAAUUCUUGUGUGGUACCGGUGUUGCUAGUGCCCAAGAAGGAUGGGACAUGGCGUAUGUGUGUGGAUUGCCGAGUUGUGAACAACAUCACUAUCAAAUACCGCCAUCCGAUCCCACGCCUUGAUGACAUGCUUGAUGAACUAAGCGGUUCCACCAUCUUCUCUAAGAUAGAUCUUAAAAGUGGAUAUCAUCAAAUGAGGAUGAAAGAGGGAGAUGAGUGGAAGACAGCGUUCAAAACCAACAAAGGUUUGUAUGAAUGGUUAGUAAUGCCAUUCGGUCUAUCCAAUGCUCCUUCUACUUUCAUGCGAUUGAUGAAUCAUGUUCUUCGUGCUUAUAUCAACAAGUUUGUGGUUGUUUACUUUGAUGAUAUUCUUGUCUAUUGUAAAUGCCUUGAAGAAUACCUAGAUCAUCUAUCAUUAGUCUUGAACAUGCUUAGGGAAGAAGAGUUAUAUGCGAACUUGAAGAAGUGUGUGUUUGGAGCUAACGAACUUGUAUUUCUAGGCUUUGUUGUAAGCGCGUAG